AUGUGGUCACAUCUCGGGAAGUUUGGAAUCUUCGCUGGCGGCUGCGUCACAGGGGCUGCUGCUGCCACGGCUGCGCGGGCCUACGAGCGGCGUCAGGCAGUGCUGUCGGGCGAGUACUACGAAUGCUCAGGUGCUUUCUACCAGGUUCUGGGUCAUGCUUGGGAUCACUUCCGACGAGAUUUCUGUGUCGUCUACCGUCCGCUCUACCACUGCGAGGCAAAGGAGGGCAGCUUCGAAGCUCAUGUUUUGGCAACGUCGCACUUCGAGCGCUUUGACGAGAAGUUCCGGCGAGUAGACUUUGAUACGAUGAGCAUGGAUGCAAGGAGCUUGGCCCUUCCAGGGCCCUUCUGGCACGACAAGUUCUGGGGCCUCCGUCCCCACGUGGUGCCUGCGGAGGGGGGCACCGCCGCCGUGACGCUCCAGUCACGCUUUCUGCCGGAGGUGAAAUCCGUCCAGACCGGCACGACAAGCGGCUAUGGAAGCCGCAGCCACGAGGAACGGCCCACCCGACGCCAGCUGUCUUCCUACUGA